AGAACUCUGCCUCGCUCACUCGUCGUCCGGCGCGCGUCCAUUACACACUUAACAUAAUCCACAGGAGACUUACGAUCUUACGAUCUCCUUAAUUAAUUGUAAUCUUCCUUUUUGAAAGUAACCCGUUUGUUAAUUAUAUUAAAUAUGUCUGGUCUUGGGGAUCCCGUGGCGUUCGCCAAAGAUUUUAUUGCCGGUGGUUGUGCCGCUGCGAUUUCAAAAACCGCUGUAGCGCCAAUUGAGCGUGUCAAGUUGCUCCUCCAGGUGCAGCACAUCUCCAAGCAAAUCGCUGAGGACCAACGUUACAAAGGUAUGGUCGAUUGUUUCGUCCGUAUCCCAAAAGAACAAGGAUUCCUCAGUUUCUGGAGAGGUAACUUCGCCAACGUCAUCCGUUACUUCCCAACCCAAGCUUUGAACUUCGCUUUCAAAGACAAAUACAAGCAAGUUUUCUUGGGUGGUGUCGACAAAAACACUCAGUUUUUGCGAUACUUUGCUGGUAACCUUGCAUCUGGUGGUGCUGCUGGAGCUACAUCACUUUGCUUCGUCUACCCUCUUGAUUUCGCCAGAACCCGAUUGGCCGCUGACGUCGGUAAAGCCGGUGGUGAACGUGAGUUCUCCGGUCUUGGAAACUGCUUGACUAAAAUCUUCAAAUCCGAUGGUCUCACUGGAUUGUACCGUGGAUUCGGUGUAUCAGUCCAGGGUAUCAUUAUCUACCGUGCCUCAUACUUUGGUUUCUAUGAUACCGCUCGUGGUAUGUUGCCCGACCCCAAGAAAACUCCAUUCCUUGUUUCAUGGGGUAUUGCACAGGCUGUCACCACCGUUGCUGGUAUCGUAUCCUACCCCUUCGACACAGUACGUAGGCGUAUGAUGAUGCAGUCUGGUCGUGCCAAGACCGAUAUGUUAUACAAGAACACCCUCCACUGUUGGGCAACCAUCUACAGAAGCGAAGGUGGAAAUGCCUUCUUCAAGGGUGCGUUCUCAAACGUUCUCCGUGGUACUGGUGGUGCCCUUGUGUUGGUACUCUACGACGAGAUCAAGAACCUCCUCUAAAAACCUAGACCUACCCUCCCCCUUAAUCCCAUCAGUGAUCCUUCACCUUCAUGAUUAAAAAACACACACACAAUCACUAUCAUUGACACGAAUAAAUUAAAUUUAAAAACUAAUAUUGCAACAAGAUUUAUUCCCUUAAAAUAGAAACAAUUUUAAAAUAAUAAUUCUCACGCCCGAACUUUUAAGUACGCGGUCUACGCGCUAAGAUAGAAAAUUAUAAAUAAUUAAAUAUGUCGUCUAAGUGACUCGCGUAUUAAAUAAAACAAACCUUGGCAUACAUAAACAUUCAGAUGCCAGUUAUUUAUAUUAUAAUAAUUUAAUUUAAUUUACUUCUUUUUCUUUUUAUUUUUCGUUUUUAUUUAUUGCCGAAUUCAGUAUUUAUUUUUGCAGCGGCACUCGGCCCGUAUAAUAAAAUAUAAAAAUAAAGAGAAAAAUAAUUAAUUUAAUUAUAAUAUACUAAUUAAUUGUCUAUUUUUUUUCUUUUCUUAAGUAUUUUUUUAAACGCGACAUUUACGUCUGCGCUGUAGAUCGCGGGCGUGAAAAUUUUAAAAAUUGUUUGGCAGAUCAAUCUAACGACGACUGCCCAAAAUAAUGAAAUUAAUAAUAAUGACAUCAAUAACAACAAACACUAGAUAUAUUGAUAAAUAUAUGAUAUAAUAAUAAUAAUCAUCGUGAGUCUAAAAUCUGCUCAAAUAAACAAUGCGCGUCCUUGAGAUUGCGAAGAUCAUUGAAUUGUAUACAAGGGAAAUUUAUUUUAUCAUGAAAAAGUAAAGUAAUAAAUAAAUUAAUUCAUUGAUUAGAUAAUUGAUGAAUAGUUAAAAGUAAAUGAUUAUUAAAUUUAAAAGUUAAAUGAAUUAAUAAAAA